AUGAAGUUUAUUGUCAAAGACCUCCUGGCCAUGGUGGCCUCGGCGAGGCUCGCCGUGGCCACCAACUCCUGCCGGCCAACAAUCACCUCAACCGUCGUGGUCCUGAUCACCGCGACCGUAUCCACGACCACGACUACAUCAACCACGACCACGACCACAGUGCUCUCCUCGGGCCUCUUCGGGCGCCGCCAGGUGACGGUCCGGCUCAGCGGCGUGCCCUCGUACGCCAGCGCCUGCCCGGACGCGGCCGCCUACAGGUCCGCGUGCGCGUGUUUCGGCGGCAUCCCGGCCCGGACGACGACGUUGGCGGCCCCGUCGGCCACGACGAGCGCGACGAGCAUCGUCGUCGUCACGACCACGUCCACGCAGACUCAGGUUGCCGUGGCCACCGCGACCGCCACCGUGUGCGCCGCCAACCUUGCGCCGUGCGACUUUAGCCGUCCUGACCUCUGCUGCAGCCUGACUUGCUGCGCGCCUGGUGUCGGCGGGGUCCCCUCCAGCUCUCCGGGACCUGCGUGCUGCGGUCUCUGAUAGAUCAGGGGAGGUUAGAGACGGUUCUGGCCGGGUGUUGAGACUUGGGCGUGUCGUAUCUCCUAGAAUAUCCGAUCAUUCUGUAAAUUUGCAGUUUCAGCGCCGCCGUAUCGCUGAGCGGAGCUUUAUUACCCUG